AUGUCUUCCUCCAACUCAAUCCGUUUCGACAACCGUGUCGCCAUUGUCACCGGCUCUGGUCGCGGUCUAGGCCGCCAACAUGCCCUUCUACUCGGAGCUCUUGGCGCUUCCGUGGUAGUCAACAGCACCACAUCCACCACAGCACAAGCAACCGCCAACGAUAUCAUCAAAGCGGGCGGAAAGGCCACCAUUAGUGUUGGGUCCGUCUCGGACGAAUCAGUUGCCCAGGCCUUGAUCAAAACGGCCAUCGAUACUUUUGGCCGCAUCGACAUCAUCAUCAACAACGCCGGAACAUUUGAUCCCAAGCCGUUUCAGGAAACUACUGUCGCCGACUUGCGAGAUAUGCUUUCAGUCCAUGUGGAAGGAUCCUACAAUCUCACUCAUGCAGCCUGGCCUCACAUGCAGAAGCAGAAGUACGGCCGCAUCGUGAUGAUCACGUCUCACACCAUCUUUGGAAUGGACGGAUCUGCGGCGUAUGCAGCUGCCAAACUUGCCCUCGUAGGCAUGGUCAAGACACUCGCCGUUGAGGGAGAGCCAAACGGCAUUCGGGUCAACUCUGUGGCGACGACGGCAUUCACCGAUGCGGUCCAGAAGAACACCCCCGACGCGGGGAUGCAAGCAUUCAUGAAAGCCAACCUGCCUGCCGAAGACCCGGCGCGGGCUGUUGUAUGGCUAGCACACGAGGAUUGCAAGGCUAAUGGCGAGGUCAUUGGUGCUCAGGGCCGAGUUGUCAGUCGAAUCUUUCUGGCUGAGACCAAGGGGUUCCAAGGGUCUCGCGAAGGAGAGUGGAGGGUUGAGAACGUCCGAGAUAGUUGGUCACAAGUUGUUGAUGAGAAGGAUUACGUCGUACCUGCGAACACAAAUGAGCUUGGAGGUUUGCUUUUCAAGCGGCUGGCAUCUCAGUCAUAG